CUACUCCCACUCCCACUCCCCAACAGAUCGCGCCCAUUCCCCCUAGGCCCGAGCCGACCCUCGAUUCCCGCCUCCUCGCGAGCUCGCCCGCCGCCGCCUGCCGCGCCGGAGGGGGGUAUGUCUCUGUGAUAAUCUUGUGAUAGUCUAUUCGGAGGAAAGGGGAUAAUAGCCAUUGGAGAUAAUGGCAGUAGCUUCAGCCAGCGCACUGUUUUCUGCGAAAAAUCUUCCACACAGACCUUGGGAGGACCCGUCAUUCUUCAGGUGGAGAAAGCGGGAGGCUCAUGUGCCACUGCGCUCACAUGACACACCUGAGGGAGCUCUCAAGUAUUGGCAUGAACGGAGGAAUGUGAGCUAUCUUAAUUCUGACUCUGCUGUCUGGAAUGAUGACGCGGUGUGCGGCGCUCUGGAAAGUGCCGCGUUUUGGUCCAAGGGCUUGCCAUAUGUCCACACUCUAAGUGGAUACUGGAAAUUUCUUUUGGCUUCCUCACCAGAAUCUGUUCCAGAGAAGUUCUAUGAUGCCCACUUUAAUGAUUCAAACUGGGAGGCUUUGCCAGUUCCCUCAAACUGGCAAAUGCAUGGGUUUGACCGUCCGAUCUACACAAAUGUCACUUAUCCUUUCACCAUGAACCCACCAUUUGUGCCAAAUGAUAAUCCUACUGGCUGUUAUAGGACGGUUUUUCACAUCCCAAAAGAGUGGAAAGGUCGGAGAAUCUUGUUGCACUUUGAAGCUGCUGAUUCAGCAUUUUUUGCUUGGGUAAAUGGGGUACCAGUUGGGUAUAGCCAGGACAGCAGACUUCCUGCUGAGUUUGAGAUCACCGAUUUCUGCCACCCAUGUGACUCAGAUAAGAAAAAUAUUCUUGCUGUUCAAGUGAUGAGGUGGAGUGAUGGUUCCUAUCUCGAAGAUCAGGACCAUUGGUGGCUGUCUGGUAUUCACAGGGACGUUCUACUAGUAUCAAAGCCACAGAUCUUUAUUACAGAUUACUUUUUCAAAGCAACCUUGGAUGAGGGCUUCCGUGUAGCUGAUAUUGAGGUUGAGGUGGAAAUUGAUUCACAAAAGCAAGACCAGGAGCAUGUUUCAACUUUAUCUAUUGAAGCAACACUAUAUGACAAUUAUGGACCACCUGAUGGUUUAUGUUCUGAUCUGUCUGCUGCUAGUGUGGCCAAUUUGAAGCGGAAGCCAGCUUCGAGACCAAAACACUGCUAUGGUUUUCAUGGUUAUGUUCUUGGUGGAAAAAUAGAAAAUCCAAAACUUUGGUCUAGUGAACAUCCCAACUUAUACACUCUUGUUAUUGUCCUUAAAGAUUCCAAUGGGAAGCUUAUAGAGUGUGAAUCAUGUCAAGUAGGAAUCCGUAAUGUUGUCCUGGCACAUAAGCAGAUGCUUGUCAAUGGAUGUCCUGUUGUAAUAAGAGGUGUCAACAGACAUGAGCAUCAUCCACGUGUUGGAAAGACAAAUUUAGAAGCAUGCAUGAUCAAGGAUCUGGUUUUGAUGAGACAAAACAACAUUAAUGCUGUUAGAAACAGCCAUUAUCCUCAACAUCCAAGGUGGUAUGAGCUAUGUGACAUUUUUGGACUUUACGUGAUAGAUGAAGCCAACAUUGAGACGCAUGGCUUCGAUGAAUCUAGCCAUUUCAAACAUCCUACACUAGAACCCUUCUGGGCAAGUGCUAUGCUUGAUCGUGUUGUUGGCAUGGUGGAGAGAGACAAGAAUCAUGCAUGCAUUAUCAUAUGGUCCUUGGGAAAUGAAUCUUCGUAUGGACCAAAUCACUCAGCCAUGUCUGGGUGGAUUCGUGGAAGGGACCCGACAAGGCCCAUUCAUUACGAAGGAGGUGGUUCCAGAACAUCCUCCACUGAUAUAGUAUGCCCAAUGUACAUGCGUGUCUGGGAUAUUCUUAACAUAGCAAAAGAGCCGUCUGAAAAUAGGCCCCUCAUUCUUUGCGAAUAUUCGCAUGCUAUGGGAAACAGUAAUGGAAAUAUUGAUGCAUAUUGGAUGGCCAUAGACAACACCGUUGGACUCCAAGGUGGUUUUAUAUGGGACUGGGUCGAUCAGGGUUUACUAAAGGAAGACAUGGAUGGAUCUAAAUUUUGGGCAUAUGGUGGCGACUUUGGAGACACUCCAAAUGAUUUGAAUUUUUGUCUUAAUGGCAUUGUAUGGCCUGAUCGGACAAUUCACCCAGCUGUGCAUGAAGUUAAAUAUCUAUACCAGCCUAUCAAAAUAACAAUGGUGGAUAACACACUUAAGAUUGAAAACGUACAUUUUUUUGAGACAACAGAAGCUUUGGACUUCAGUUGGCUACUUCAUGGAGAUGGUUGUGAUUUGGGCUCUGGUUCACUUAACGUCCCAUCCCUAGCACCACAGAGUACUCAUUUGAUCAACAUGGAAUCAUCACCUUGGUUUACUCUUUGGAAUACUUGUGCAUUAAAAGAAAUAUUUUUGUCCAUAAACGUGAAAUUGAGGUACCAAACACAAUGGGCUAAAGAUGGUCAUAUCUUGGCUUCAGCACAAAUUUGUUUACCUCAGAAAAAUGGCUUUGUUCCUCACGUGAUAGCAUUGUCCAGGAGCUCUUUGGUCUCAGAACGUGCUGGUGAUACUGUGAUCAUCAGCAAGAAUAAUGCCUGGGAAAUCAAAGUAAACAGUAUUUCAGGAACAAUCGAUAGUUGGCAGGUCAACAACAUUGAGCUUAUGAGCAAAGGAAUAUACCCAUGCUUUUGGCGGGCACCAACUGACAAUGACAACGGAGGCUCCCUCACCAAGUCCUAUGCUUCAAGAUGGAGAGAAGCUUUUCUCGACAACAUCUCGUUCUACAGCAGCAAGUUUUCUCUGAAGGAAUUGCCAGACCAAACCGUCGAGAUCUCCACCGUCUACUACGGUCUCCCUGGCAAGUUGCCAAAACCUGACGAAGCCGCUCUUUCAGACGAAUCCGAGUCGGUUCUUUUCCGGGUGCAUAUGCGCGGCCGGAUCUACGAUUCAGGCGACGUGAUCCUUGACUACGAGGUAAACCCCAAGAACGAUCUGCCUCCUCUCCCUCGCGUCGGCGUCGUGUUCAAUGCAGACAAGUCCUUGAGCCACGCCAAAUGGUACGGGAGAGGGCCGUUCGAGUGCUACCCGGACCGCAAGGCCGCCGCGCACGUCGGCGUGUAUGAGAGCAGCGUCGACGACCUGCACGUGCCGUACAUUGUCCCCGGUGAAUGCGGCGGCCGGGCCGACGUCAGGUGGGUGGCGCUCCAGAACGCCGACGGCUUCGGCCUCUUCGCGUCGGCCUACGGCGACUCGCCGCCGAUGCAGAUGAGCGCUAGCUACUAUGGCACUGCGGAGCUUGACCGGGCGACGCAUAAUCACAAGCUAGUCAAGGGAGACGACAUCGAGUUGCAUCUUGAUCACAAGCACAUGGGAUUGGGAGGGGACGACAGCUGGUCACCGUGCGUGCACGAGCAGUACCUUCUGCAGCCGGCGCGCUACGCCUUCUCCGUGAGGCUGUGCCCGUUGCUGCCGUCGUCGUCGUGCAAUGACAUCUACCAUUCUCAGCUCCCCUGUUGAUCCAUCUGAGAUGACAACUGAUCCAAUAAAGCAGUGACGUUUUAAGCUCCUGUAACUAAAGACUGUAAUUGCCAGGACAUUUUAAGAUCCAACUAUGAAAUAAGCGAGCGAGAUUGAUGCUGCUCUUCAAUAA